GCGGUCCCGGGGCGAUGCGGGGCGGUUCCGGGGCGGUCCCGGGGCGAUGCGGGGCGGUUCCGGGGCGGUCCCGUGUCCGCCCUUAUAGCGGCGGCGGCGGCGGCUCCCGGGGCGGCGCGGCCGCCAUGGACCUGCACAUCCUGGAGCACCGGGUGCGGGUGCUGAGCCUGGCCCGCCGCGGGCUCUGGCUCUACACGCACCCGCUGCUCAAGCUGCUCUUCCUGCCCCAGCGCUGCCGAUGCAAGUUCUUCAGCCUGACGGAGACGCCCGAGGACUACACGGUCAUGCUGGACGAGGAGGGCUUCAAAGAGCUGCCACCCUCCGAGUUCAUGCAGGUGGCAGAUUCCACGUGGCUGGUGCUCAGCGUCGUCUCCAACGGGCGGGAGCCCCCGGGCUGCCAGGCCACCGGCGUCACCAAGAUCGCUCGCUCGGUCAUCGCGCCGCUGGCCGAGCACCACGUCUCGGUGCUGAUGCUCUCCACGUACCAGACCGACUUCAUCCUGGUGAGUGACGGGCACGGGGGCACCUGGCUGGCUGUCCCCAGUCCCCUCUGUGCCCUGAGCAGGGGUGGCACAGCCGGCCUGAUCCCGCUGCCCGGGCAGGUGCGGGAGCGGGACCUGCCCGUGGUGAUCCACACGCUGGCCGGGGAGUUCGACAUCUACAAGGAGGAGGGUGGCGAGUGUGUCCCCGUCACCUGCGAUGACGUGAGCAACGGCUUCCUCAAGCCCAAGCCACCUGCCAGCCCCACGCUGCACCCGGUGCAGAGCCCCCAGACGCGCUUCUGUGUCCUGACGGUGGCCCCCGACACGCUGCCCGCCAUCGCCACCAUGCUCAUCGACGUCCUCUUCUACUCCCACAGCCCCCCCUGGGAUGCAGCCACCAGCAGCCAGGACCUCGACUCCAUCACCUUCUUCUCCUUCUCCCUCAUCGAGGGCUACAUCUCCAUCGUGAUGGAUGCCGAGACCCAGAAGCGCUUCCCCAGCGACCUGCUGCUGACCAGCUCGACGGGGGAGCUGUGGCGGAUGGUGCGCAUCGGGGGGCAGCCCCUCGGCUUCGACGAGUGUGGCAUCGUGGCGCAGAUCGCGGAGCCGCUGGCGGCCGCCGACAUCUCGGCCUAUUACAUCAGCACCUUCAACUUCGAUCACGCCCUGGUCCCCGAGGAAGGCAUUGCUGAGGUGAUCCAGCUGCUGCAGCAGCGGCAGGAGGGCAGAUAGCGGCCGGCUGUCCCUGGGCUGACUGUCCCAGCGUGGUGUCCCCCUCCUCCCCAGCCCUGUUCAGUAAUUGUUCAUGUUAAUGAUCCCCCAGCCCGGGACAGAGCGGGCACGGCAGCGCUCCCUCUGCCGGGGUGUGGUGGCUUUGGGGACGUGGUGGCCUUGUGGCAGUGAGCACUGGCCCCCAGGAGAGGGGUCAGUCCCUGGUGCCACCUCUCCCUCCAGCCUGGCCGGUGCGGGGUGGGUGGCCCAGGGAGAGUGGGUGUGUCCAGGUGGAGGGGACAGGGCGGGGACAUGCCAAAGAGCAGUGGUGUGCCACCGUGGUGCUAUAGGGGGCAGCCUGGGGCUGAUGGGAUGUGUCCCCUUGGGAGGGGAGCAGUGGCUACGAUACUCAGGGACACCCCUGGACCAGCCCCGUGGAGGGGAGAGCAUUCCUGGAGCUGGGGUUCCCCCUGGCACCCCAAAAAUCUCCAAGGGGGCAGUGGGGGGGCUUUGGUUCAAUGCCAGCCCUGGCUGUCACCUGUCAUGGAGGAGUGACAGUGACACCCAGCCCCUCACAAGUUGUAUUUUCUCACAGUUUUUGAUAAGUCAAUAAAAUUCUUAUUAUUUU